AUGCCCGGCGGCGAGUGGCGGUGGCCGGAGGCUGCGGAGCGCUCUUCCCGUGGCCCCAACGUCAUCUGGGCGGACGGUGUGGUUCCGACCCGAGCGGGACGGCUCCACCUGUGGCAUCAACUGCGUGGGGCUGCUCGCAUCCCGGCCCACAGCAGCGUGCUCACCCGGGGCGGUGGCCAGGAGGCCCGGGCAGCGCGCCGGCCGCGGGUCCAGCGAGGGCCCCAGACCAGAGCACGGGGCAGCCAGACCUCGCGGGGCGCCGCUCUCACUCCAGGUGUCGCUUGCAGGACGAUACACGGCUUGAUCUACAACGCACUGAAGCUCUUCAUGGAGAUGAACCAGAAGCUCUUCGACGACUGUACCCAGCAGUUCAAAGCAGAGAAACUGAAAGAGAAGCUAAAAAUGAAAGAGCGAGAAGAAGCGUGGGUUAAAAUAGAAAAUCUAGCCAAAGCAAACCCCCAGUACGCAGUGCAUAGUCAAGCCAGCAGCGUGAGCGCCGCGGUGGCCGUGGAGACAGAUGGGCCUUUCUCGGAAGAUGCACAGAUGCUGAGAAAGACCGUGAGCGAAGAGGCUCGCCAGUCGGUCGGGAGAAAAGCAGUGUCGAGCACGCAGAUAAGGAAGGCGUAGAGCCGCACGGAGGCGGCGCAGGCCCAGAAAGACCCGAAGAAGGAGCGCCCUCUCCUGCGCCGCAAGCCCGAGCUGCCUCAGGACCUCCACACCGAGC